GAUCUAUCAAUCCACAUCAUAUUAUUUCCACCCUCAUCACUUAUACAUAUUUCAACCGCGUACCUUGAUGCCUACCUUGUUUAAGGGAACAAGACCUUAUCUGUCUUAUUCUACACAAUAUUUACUUUAAUAGCUCCUCCAAUUAAUUUAUUAUACCGAGUAUCAAACCUAUCCGACCGUGUUUAGACGCGACGAAAUCAAACUCGAUUUCCUCUCGCACCAACAUUCGAUUAGCUCUCACGAGUAGCCAAAUUGUCGCCAUACUUCCAAUUAUUUAGAGAGAUUCGCUCAAUUAGUUAAAUGUCCAACAAUGCCUCCUCGAAGACGAAAGCGUGACGCCGCAGCAUCAGCAUCACCAUCGCCAACCCGAGAGCCUUCACCCCAUGAAUCCGAUGCUUCACCCGUUUCCCCGAGCGCCAACUCGACCCACGAUGAUGGGGAUCCACCCCGCUUCUUCAACACAACAUUCACCACCUACCGCGCUUCCCCGCUACACAUAGGCAAGCAAGCCUUGACACCUGAGCGAUUACAGAUCCUAUCGCGACGUCUUCGCGACACGCUCGUUGGUGACGUUGUACGUGGUGUACAGGUCGGACUAGAAGGUGACGCAGCAUUAGGUCGUACAGGCGCGCUAUAUGCUGUGGACUGGCGCUGGAUAAAUGCCGAGCGCAUCUUAGGUUCCAAUCAACGAGAAGGCAGUAUCGAGCUAGGAUACCAAUCCGAGGACGGGCCACAAAAUAGAAGGCGACGCGUUCUCUGUAUAGAAUUGCGAUACGAAAAUGCGCGAUUCAGCGCUUUACUCUUACCCAAACUAGAUACAGACGAGGGUUCAUCGAACCCGAGUCAUCUACCCUCAUGGACGUGGCAAGCGGAUAAUACUUCCAGAGAUGAGGUGGAUCAAUCGGCUUUCUUACAUCUACCACUACUUUUAUUCCGAAUGCCUGCGCCGCUUAAAUCCGUACUUAUCGAUUUUUUGUCCAGCGCUUUCGACUGUCGCAUCAAUCCCCUGGCGCUGGGUACACGAACACUUGUUGGUAGUUGGGAAGCCUGGCUCUCGCAUAAUGACUCUGGAGAGAUCAGACGGGUAUUAAAUAAAGACAUUCUUAUUACACUAGGCUUUCACAUUGAGCCGUCUGAGCCAAAAUCUAAAGGCUCUGGGGCUAGUGGUGAAAUAGAAGGCAGUGAAGAUCAAGUCACGAAAUUGGAAGCGCCGCAGCUAGGGUUAAAAUCUAUUGAUAUCGCUAUACCCGCUUCGGAUGCGUACCGCUUUUUACGCGCUGGUACGAAUAUUGUUGACGAGUCUCGUGCGGCGGUUGUGAAGAAGAGGAAAGCGGAUGCAACAACAGUCAUUUCAGACGAGCAACAGGAUAGAAGACGACGAAAACUUGCAGGCGGUAGGGAUGAAGAGGGAUGGGCAUGGCGUAGCCAGGGCCACAGCAACGACGACAGAGAUACGGAGAGGCUGGACGAAACGACCAAGCAGCCCUUCACCGAGGCUUUAGCGGCGUACAUAUGGCACCAUCUCGGGCUUGACAUGUAUCACCCGAGUGUCCGUGUGCUACGUGUCGCAUGUGACGGCUUCGCGUUAUCGGAGGGGCGGCUCAAGGUAUUUGCUCCCGCCGGUGGGCGCAAUAGCAACGACGAGGAAAAAUCGUCUACGUGGAAGUUGAUGCGAGGUUUAGUACAAAGGGCUCGCGGUAACCCGAAAUGGGGGAUUUGGAGUGAAAAUUGAAUUAAUAGCACAAAGCAAACCCGUAACGUUCCACCAGAUGAGCUAUCGCGGCUUUUAUUCAGGGAUGAUGAAAACGAGGAGUUAUGGAUGGAUUGAUACCCUUUAGCAAGCAUAUAGUCCUAUUGAAUGGAAGUAAUUGAUUCCAAACU